UCGCAGGCAGUUCCAGCGUUCAAUCUCAGUCCGAUGGUGAGGGUGCUUGGAUCCCCUGGUGGCGGCCGGCCAGCUCCGACCCUAGUGCCGGCACGCAGCGCCCCCAAAUGCAGCAUGUCAUCCAGCCCAGCGCAAAUCUGAACGCAGGUGACCUGGACUGCAUGACCGACCUCGGUCUGGCCGAUGGCACUAUUCCCGACCAGAACAUCACCGGGUGGCCCAAUGUGAGCUUCUCCGGGGCUCCCGAGUACAGCUCGCCGUCUGGAGCUCGGCUCAAUGCGGCCUCGGCCUGGUGCGUCAACGCCUCCAGCUUCCCGGAGCAGGACGCCACGCUGACGAUCGACCUGGGCUCCAGCCGCCUGAUCUCAGGUUUCCGAGUGCAGCCCGCUCCUGCCGAGGUGCACAGCAGAGACUACAGCAGCUUCGCGGCGCUCGAGUACAGUCUGGACGGCGACGCGUGGACCCUCUGCUGCAGCAUGGAGACGGUCGGCGUCUCCCACUCGGUCAGUCGGGUGGCGCACACUCACCGUACCGUAUAGGAAGAAAGCCGUCCUUCUGUGCAAUCCUACGUAGAUGACUUACCAGUGCCAUUAUGUAUGUUAUUUUGUGUAAUUUGACAAAUAUUGGAACGUUGUGUUGGGCAUUGUUAAAACGAUUAUUGAAAGGAUGAAAAAUAACCUGUUACUCAUAUCUAGAAGAAUUAAAAAA